AAUAAAUUUCGUCAGACCCCCGGAUAGAUUUGCGAUUCAUUUUUUUCUGUCAAACACGUGAGCACCUCGAUUUCCAUUAAGUGCCGAAUGUAAUGAGAUAAACUAUUAAUCAAGUUUAAAAGGUCUGAAAGAGUAAUUAUUAAAAAUGCGGGUCUUGUCAAAACAAUUAUUGUCCGCGACACGAUCGUACUUAAACAGGAGCACACGAUUAUCGCUGUCUUGUACAACGUUGAGGUUGUGUUCGUCGGCUGCGAUUCAGACCAUUGAGAAAAAAGUUAAUUCGUUUGGCAAAUUAAAUAUUAAUUUGCCCUACAAUGUUGAAAUAAAAGCAACAGAUCCUCAUAAAUAUCCAAAUAUGGAUACUCUGCUGGUUAAAUUGUUUUCUAACGAAGUAACUGAUAUUAAAGAGGAUUUAAUAAAGGUUGAUGUUUCCGAUGUAACGCAAAUUGAAGCUCUUGAAAAUAAUUACAUUGGAGAUAUCAAGUGUGUCAUCGAAGUACCUGUAAGAUAUGAUAUUGAUGCAAAGACAGUGGGAGAAGGAAAUGUAGCUAUUUCUGGACUGAUAUCAAGUAGUAUUAAUGUACAAACCGAGUAUGGAAGCAUUGUUGGUGCUAAAUUGCAAGGAGAAAAUAUUGUUUUUUCGUCCAGUGAAGGAGGUUCAAUCACUUUGCAGAAAGGAGUUCAAGGAAAUAUUGAAAUUAAUACUGCUGGAGACGGAGCUGUAAUGACAGAUAAAUGUGCAGGCAAUGAAUUGGAUAUAUCAACAGAGAAUGGUGACAUUAAUCUCGGUAGCAAUUAUUGUGAAAGAUCAACAUUUUCAACAGUGAAUGGCAAUAUGUACCUUAACAAUUUACACUUAAAUUCAACUGUCGACAUCACCGGCACUGGAUCACUUAACAUCUCCUGUCUCGAUGGAUCUCUACAAGCUAAUUUACAAGACGGUCCAGCUAAAAUCCAACUCGUUAGGUUAAUUGGCGACUCAGAAAUAAAGUCUCAGAAUGAUGUAAGCUUGGCAAUUCCAGAGGACAAUGAUGUAAAAUUAAUUUUAAAAGCAUCUAAAUUAUAUAUUGAUCAUAAAUUUACCGGAGAAUACUCUGAUGACGGUAAACAAUUUGUCAGUGAAAAUACUGGAAAUGCAUUUAAAGUAGAAACUAACCAAAGUAUUCAAGUAGCUCCUUCUAAUUGGAUUGAAUCAUUAGGUUUGAAGCAAAGUGUCAAAAAACAUUAGAUUUAAGCUUUAAUUAAUAUUUAUUUCUUUUUGUUUAUCAUGAUUUAUUAAAGUAUUCACAUAUGUACAGCAACUUGAUGAUUGCUUUCGGUAUUAAAAGAUAAUGAUUUUCCGAGACUAAACAGCGAUGGUCCCGGAGCAAGAAUAGGUGCACUUCCUACACAUUCGUCACCUACAAAAAAGACUGCGAACUGAAAAAAUUAUUCAUUAAUUAUUUAUUAAUAAAAAUAAUGAUAAAUAAUAA